AAGUGUCUUGAUGGCUGCCGGAAGUGAGGUUGAGCUGUGCUGUAGAGUCGGUGUCCCCUUGCUGAAUCUCACGUGGGUAGAGCAGUGACCCUGGUGAGAUACCGAAAUUCCAGACUGAAAAAACCUGAAGUAAAACGCGUCAGAUGUUCCGCAGACCAGCAGUGCAGCUGUUCCGGCAGUUUGUAAGAUGCGAAUCUAUAGAUUCUUCCACGAUGGUGUUGGAACGCUCUCUGAACAGGGUGCAGCUGCUGGGCAGAGUGGGUCAGGACCCGGUGAUGAGGCAAGCAGAAGGGAAGAAUCCGGUGACCAUCUUCUCGCUGGCCACCAAUGAGCUGUGGAGGUCGGGAGAGAGCGAAGUUUUCCAUACAGGUGGAGACAUUAACCAGAAGACGACAUGGCACAGAAUAUCCGUAUUCCGACCUGGUCUCCGGGAUGUGGCCUACCAGAACGUAAAGAAGGGCGCCCGCGUAUACGUAGAAGGAAAAAUUGACUACGGUGAAUACACAGAUAAGAACAAUGUGCGGAGACAGGCAACCACCGUUAUAGCAGAUAACAUCAUAUUUCUGAGCGACCAAAGAGACAGAUCAUGAUCGGCUUGUCCAUGCGCACGCACCCCUUCCCUGUACGCCGAGCACUUGUAUUUCUCGAUUAUAAUUCAGUUACUAUUUGUUAUUUUUUUCCUUAGUGAAAUAAUAAACAAUACCCUUUUCUAGAAA